UCGACCGCUCCUAAAGAUCUAGCAAUCAGCUUGGGUGGUCCAAGGGAAGACAUAGCUCACCAACUGUCGUGUCGUAUUGUGUUUUACCUCUGCAGCGAGAAACAUGUGCACAAUGGGCAUUGUUCUCACUGGUCAUCACUUCGCCCAUCGAGAUGAACUGGUGCACGUCGAGCUCCAUGACGCCACAUUCCGCGACCGGGUAUUCGUAACAACAAUCACGGCAGGCCUCCUGAAAGUCUACGUCCCGUUUGCCGAAGACCGCAUUAUAAUGGAUCAAGUACUUGGAGGAUGGGCUCUCUCCAUCUACGUCCCAUCGCUCGAGCACGUCGCCCACAUCGAAGUCCUUGCACUACGCUGGCUCUUCCAGCAAAUGACCUCCAUCGUCACUCACACGCUUAACUGGAAUUGCUUGCCGGCACACGCCUCCGUUGGCCAGGGCGUGCUUCUCUAUCGCGCACUACAGCUCUUAUACCUGGACGACGCAGCGCAGACCCUUCGCCCUCAAGUCAUGUACGAAAUCAAGCUGAAGCCACUUUCAAUGACUGACGUCCAGCGCAUCUGGUGGGCCUUCCAGUACACGGAGGAGUGGGGUGAAUGGCUGAAUGUGAUGCUACGCAAUCUUGCUUACUUCAACGUGUACAGCGAUCUUUCGGACGGUAGCUACAUUCGAUUGUUCAUCGAAACCGAGAUGCUUCAGUUGACUCCCGCUGAGCAGGACUAUAUUGAGGGCCUCUAUCGGUACCAUAAAGAGGAGUUCCGGAAGGAGGGCUUCGCCGGUACGGCGAAGGCUUAUGUCAAGUGGGCGCUUGGCCUGGUCAAGUGGGAGAACCGUGAUUUACAUCGCGAGUAUCCCGCACCGUUUACGGUGCGGUGCAAUCUGGCCGUUGCGCGUCGGCGCUAAGCUCUCGCUAAUUCCGAUGUUUUUGGAUCCUGCAGCUCACGCAAACGCGUCUGUAUUCUCCCUCAGUACCUGCGCUGUCCUCAUCGAUGCUGAGAGCCCGAUGAGGUUCAGCUCUUACAGUAUGCUUAUAAUCCUCAUCCCCCAGUCCCCUUUCCGCGGUGACACUGAUCGCCUCUCGCAUUCU